AUUGCAGACGGCUAUUCUGGCAAUCUCAUUCUGCUCAGAGCCAUAGAAAUACCGAGACCAACCUAUUGUUCCGUAAAAGACAAAUUGAACGGCAAUUUGGGUCCAAAAUAACACAGUAAGUAUAGGGAAAAUAUAUGUUUUUUUCGUUUAAACCCGUUGCCAAAGUCACCACUUGUGCUUUAUUUUGGACGCACUUAGACGGCAGUUGGACCACUCGGUGUUUAUACGACUCUGCAAUUCUGCUGUGUCACUUAACCGUGACCGAGGCAAUGGAGCAUGGUCGGUUGGCUUUCUUUGUUCAGUAUUCUAUGGUCUCACAUUUAUAGUUCUUAUAUUUGUUGAAUCUACUUGGAAUAUACUUUUUUACGUUCCAUAAUAUAACUGCCACAGUAAAACGCUACAAGACUGAGCUUGAAGGUAGUUGUAAAAUAAGCAAACAGUAUUGGGUUAGCAAACAGUACUUAAGCUUAACGAUUGCUGGAAAAUUUUAGAAGCGAAUCUAUACGACUGAUUAUCCAGGUGUGGAAGUUCAUAACAUCUUAUCAGACUUAGUUAGAACUAAGAAACACUACUAAAUUUCUUUUGCGAGAUUUCUGCAGUUUAUAAAACACGAAGAGCGGUGGGUUAAACAUCACGAUGGCUUUGAAAAUACGGUCUAGUCUACAGAACUGCUGGUCAAAUUAAACAAGUGAUUAUUAUACAAGUCAACCGUCAGAACUGCUGGUCAAAUUAAACAAGUUUCGAGAAGCAAAUGUGCUUUGUGACGUCCAUUUUAGGGUGGAUGGCCAGCAGAUAUCUUGUCACAAAGCUGUGCUUGCUGCAUUUUCCAAGCACUUCGAAAACAAGUUUACGUCCGGGGAGUAUUUGGAUGAGGAAAUUGAACUAACUGGUUUCUCAGCGGCAACGUUUUUGACGAUAAUUCACUUCGUGUACAAUCAAACGAUCACUAUCAGCAACUCUAACGUUCUGCAAAUAUAUGAAGCAUGUGAACUGAUGCAAGUUAAUUGCAUCAGAGUAUUUUGUGAAGACUUUAUUAUCGAAGAGCUGCAGGUCGGAAACUGUUUACGUUUCCGAUUCUUUGCAUUGAGAUAUCAGAACCGGACCUUGGCCGCGAAAUGUGACGACUUCAUUCUCAACAAUUUUCAAUUUGUGACAAAUGAAAACGAAUUUAAAGAACUGAGUGUGGAUGAUGCGCAGGCCUUGCUUAAGAUGAAAAAACAACAGAACCCUGACCUCGCUGAACUAUUUUUCGGGAUCAUUUUAGAUUGGGUAAAAUAUAAUCCGGAAAAACGAGCACAGUUCUUUGAACGAUUGUUGCAAAUGGUUGAUAUGUCGAAUCUGUCAACGAAAUACCUGAAUGAGUUUACAACCAAACGAGCUGAGAAAUGGGCAACCAAGACUGAUGUUUACGUUCAUACCAUUGUCCCGGAAUUGCUGGGCCGUCUUUCCGAUCCAAUAACCAAAGUCUUGAAAACUGAAGAAGACAAUUACAAGUUCCUGGUGAUAGGGGACCAAGAUAAGGCGUCAAAAAAAGUCUCCAUGUACAACGUGAAAAGUAAAUUGUGGGAAAAUACUACGCCAACGACAUAUCCACGAAAUGGAGCCAGUGCGGUUAAGAUUAAAAACCGAGUAUAUACCGCUGGUGGAAGGGAAAUGAAAAGCGUGGAAAGUCUCGAUUUGGAGAAUAUUGGUGCUGGUUGGAAAUUAAUGGCGCCUAUGAGCACAAAACGAUGGCGAUCUGCUUCUGCUGUGCUAAGUGAUAAAAUGUUCGCUGUUGGUGGUUGGGACGAUGGUACUUUGGCAACAGCAGAGGUUUAUGAGCCUGAAUCGGACAAAUGGGAACGAAUUGCUCACAUGAAGGAACAACGUGCUCAUCAUGCCCUUGUGUCUUGGCAAGGUCGCUUGUACGCCUUUGGUGGAAACAGUCACGGUGGACCAAGGUCAUUACUCAAUAGACUGAGCUCGUUGGAAACUUAUGAUCCAAAGACAGGAAAAUGGACAUCACUGAAAAGUAUGAAAGAAAAACGGGAUGGUUUGUGUGGCGUGGCAUUAAACGAUUCCAUCUAUGCCAUUGGUGGUAACGGGCUGUCAUCGGUAGAACGCUACGACUUACGAAUGGACAAGUGGACCGAUUCGUGCAGCUUAAAAAUGAGCAGAAAUGCUGCUUGUGCUUGUGUUGUGGAUGGGAAGAUUUACGUCAUCGGAAGUCGAGGCGACAAAAAGGCAAGCACAUCUGUUGAAUUCUUUGACCUAAAGGGCGACGAAUGGUUGUUUGAAACGGACAUGGAAGCAGCGAGGGUUUAUGCCAGUGCGGUUGCUCUUUAAACCGAAAUAAAGAAAUAUUGCUUGGAUCAGUUUUCGAUCCGGUAGCACGACAUAUAUGCAUAGCCUCUAUAUGUCCUAUCUCCUAUGCUUAAAUUUUUAGUUUGCCCAAUAAAAUGCUAAAUUUUCUUCCAAAGUUUAGAGUUAUACCAGAUGUUUUAUCCAACUCUGCUGGGUGGGUUGCAUGCAAAUAAUUUUGCCGUGUAAAUAUCGAUUGAUAAACAUAUAGAUGGUGGGGCAAGUUUGGACAAUACUUCUAAACUUAUAGUUGCGGUAUAAAUAGUUGUUCAGUCGUUAACAAUUGAAACAAUAUUAACAAGUGAAAACAUAAUAAAUCUUAAAUGUAACU